AUGCAUCAGAGGUCUCACACGGGAGAGAAACCUUGCGUCUGCCCCGAGUGCGGGAAGGGUUUCCGCGACAACGGGCACCUGAAAGUCCACUUGAGAGUGCAUACAGGGGAGAAGCCGUACUCCUGCCCCGACUGUGGGAGACGGUUCAGCCAGGCAGACAUCCUGAAGAGACACCAGAUGGUGCACACAGGGGAGAAGCCGUACUCCUGCGCCCUGUGUGGGAGGAGGUUCGCCCAGCCUGGCACUCUGAAGUACCACCUCCGGACCCACGCAAGAGAGAACCAGACAGGGGGUGAGAGUCCUGUCCAUGACUCUGGUAGUGAAGGAGGAAGUCCCCCUACAUCACACAUCAACAAGGAUCCUGGUCACCAAUCCAGCACCAAAGCUAUAGAGUCCCAGGGUCCCGAUCCACGACAUGAGGAGGACAUCACUCAAACACCUGGGAUGAACAUUCAUAUUGUAGAAGAGGGGAAGGAGGAAGUGAAAGAGGAGGAUGAAGUUGGUGGUUUCAUCAAUUCUGAAGGAGAAGAAUUUAACUGGGAUUCUGUUCAACAUAGAGAGAGCCCUAACUGUGGCUUAGACAGCAGAGCGAGUCCCGCCACAUCAGAACAUCCUGAACACCAGGAGAGUCACAAAACGAAGACGUCUCACUGCUGCUCGGUGUGUGGCAGAGAGUGCUACAAGCUCUCGGUACUACAGAUCCACAUGAGAAUCCACACGGGAGAGAAGCCGUACCCCUGCCCCGACUGUGGCAAGAAGUUCGCUCACCUGGGAGCCAUGAGACGACACCUCCUCACACACACGGGAGAGAAGCCCUACUCUUGCCCUGUGUGUGGGAAGAGUUUCACCCAAUCCGGACAUCUGAGGGAGCACCAGCAGUCUCACAGUGGAGAGAAGCCUCACCUGUGUCUGGUCUGUGGGAGAGGGUUCUCUAGAGCGUCACACCUCAGGAUCCACCACAGAGUUCACACAGGGGAGAGGCCGUACAGCUGUGACUACUGUGGGAAGAGAUACGGCCGCUGUCAGAAGCUACGGGCUCACCAACGGACACACCACAGUGACAGGACGCACGCUGAUACUGGAGAGGAGACGGAGUGA